AUGCGACCUCCACGGAUCGCGAUACUAGUUCUUUUCUUCUCCGCGUCGCUCUUCCUCGUGUGCAGGGCCAUCAGUUCCCUCCGCCAUCCCAACGCCGCCCCCGCCGUGACACCAUUGACGACCCGGAAAUCGUCAUUCCGGAGCUUCUUCUCCUUCACUGCGCCGUUCUCGCUCUUCCCUCCCAAUGCUGCUAUAAGCCUGUUCGAUGAUAAUAGUACCUUCUUUGCUGCGCGACCGGCUGCCUUUGGGCCUAUCCUCCCUGCCGACGGCCUGAGCGGGCAACUAUGGAUAGGAAGUGGAUUUGCUGAAGAUCAUCUCCAAGAGGGCGAGGUUGGGGGCGAGCUCGGCUGCAGCGAUCUCCCGGGCUGGGAGGAUGGGAGACCUAAACUGUCGAUCAAAACCACUGUACAUGGGUCCGCAGCCUCAAAGUCAGGGCCCGCUGCACUGAACACCAAAAGUACAAAGCGUGAUCCUUUGGGCGCAGGGAUUCCAGCGGACGGAAAAUCUUUAGAAAGGCGUCACGAUGGGACCGACGACUACCUUCACCAGGAACUUGACCAGACUCGCAGCCCCUACAGCGAAGGCUCGGUGGUCUCAGCGUCAAGUCAUGCCGAUAUCCAAUCCAUGCAGGAGACGGCAGAAAUUACGGGCAAGAUCACAUUGCUGAGCAGAGGUGGUUGUGGGUUCCUGGAGAAGGUCAAGUGGGCGCAGCGCCGCGGUGCGAUCGGGGUGAUUGUCGGAGAUAAUGUGAAAGGGGGUCCGUUGAUCCAGAUGUUUGCGAGGGGCAAUGUCGAUAAUGUCACAAUCCCCUCGAUUUUCACAUCGCAGACGACCGCCAUGCUACUGUCAUCACUCGCGCAACCAGGCAGUUUCAUCGAAGAUAUUCUAGACGAGAACGGAAACCCGAUCUUGAAAGUACAGCACUCCAGCAAGCCUGGGGUCAAUAAGCAAACCAAAGCGGCCGAUACAGGUGCGGGCCAUAGACCCAAAUCUGGCCCUCACGCCCAGGGGGUCAAAACUGCGUCGUUCCAGGAUGCCUCGGCCCCUGCGGUCAAGAAGUCACGCUCGACACGCAGGAGCUGGAUCUCCCGUCUGUUCUCCUGGGGGGAUAGUGGAAGCAAAGGGUCAGAGCAGAGCCGGCCGCCAAGCAGUGGUCGUCUGAACUGGGUCGCAGCUGACGAGUGGAGCGACGAAAGCAUCAGACUCCUCCAACCAAGUGCGGAUAAGGGUAACAAGAAUGGAGCGGGUGGUCUUGCGUCCUCUGAGGAGGACAAGUCGCCGGGUGAUGGUUUUCAGAUAGGUGUACAAGACUGGCGUGACCCCGAUCUUGUUAGGUCUUCCGAGGAGGACGAGGAAGAUCGGCCGGCGCCGGAAAACCAGUCCACCAACAAGGAGUCUAGUGGUUUGAGAGGUGGCAGUAUCACGCCAGGUAGUGGCGAGUAUGUCCCUGGAGACUCACAUGGCCAUCGUUCUGGAAAGUCUGGUUCUUCCUCGGAAAGCUCCAGUGGGCUUAUUUAUAAGCUCUUCGGGGACGACGCUGAAGAGCAAUCUGCCACAGAGGAGAGCUCAAGACCGUCGCCGGGAAGCUUGGGGAACAAAGACGACGGCAAUGUGCGGGAAGGCUUGUGGGUCACGAUCACUCCUACCGGCAGUGCCAGUCCAUUCUUUGACACCCUGUUGGUCCUGGUGAUCAGCCCCUUGAUUACCCUCACGGUUGUGUACACGCUUCUUAUCUUGCGAGCUAAGUAUAGAAGGCGGAGAUGGAGAGCACCCAAGGCUGUGGUCGAUCGGUUGCCGGUACGGACCUACCGCACAGUUGCGCCAUCGUCCAGCCAAUCAUCCAGGACGCCGUCGCCCAACAGCUCCUCACCUACAACACCCCUGUUGCAAGGACAUUCGAGAUCGCGGCCCCGGUCUCGGACCACCACUGGCGUGCCUGAGCCUUCGGAUCUUUUGAGGGCUGAUAACGCUUUGCAGGCCGGGCGAUCAUCUUCACCAGACAACACCCGGGUGCAUGGUGCCAGUCAAUGGAAGAAGUACAUGGGAAGACAGAGCGAAUGUGUGAUUUGUUUGGAGGAAUACGUGGACGGCGUCAGCAAGGUCAUGAGCCUGCCUUGUGGCCAUGAGUUCCAUGUGGACUGCAUCACACCAUGGCUCACCACCAGACGGAGAACUUGCCCGAUAUGCAAAAAUGAUAUCGUCAAGUCUCUGGCUCGUGGUUCGCCAUCAAGCCCACACUACGAGCCGUAUCAUGACGACAGCGAGUACACUCGUCCUGAACCUUCCAGCUUCGUGAGCUCCAACACUGGAUCGUAUUCCUCCAACCGCUUGUCAGACGUGGAGGAAGGAAGAGAGGCUCUUGCGCGAGUACAGAGAGAGAUACAUGAGGUGAGAUGGUAUGACUUCAUGGCGCACCUACUAAGGGGCGAGCCCGGACAGGCAUUUUUGAAUCGGCACGAGAACCGGCGUUUUGCGGCCGACGACCGUGAAGAGAGCCGCCUGUAA